CACGCGGACACACAGCGCUCAAAGCUCUCGAGCUGUCCGGCAGGGUUGAGCUGGAGCUGCGAGGAGCCUCCAGCUGCUCCAGUGACUCUGACAGUAGUUCAGACUAUGAGAAGAGCAGCAGCCCAGAGCGACCGCUGUCUCCUGAGGACACACACACACAGAAGGGAAGUAAUUUGCCGUUGGGCAGCUGGUAUGGAGCAAGGGAGCACCAGCGGAGCCCUGGGAGCCCGCGUGAUGUCAUUGUUUCCCAUGAUGCCUCUGCUCAGCCGGCCGACAGCAGCACACACACCGAUAGCAGAUGCACUUUAGUGUGUGAGACUCUGCUGACGGAGAGAACACACACUGCAGAUGCGUCCACACACACACACAAACACAGGAGAAGGGAGUCCUGUCAGGCAGAGCAGAAGAAGCCCACCACAGGCGGACACCGCAGCAAACACUCCGGUGGGAAAGCUCCGCGCCGGCCGCUGCUGGUGAAGAUCCAGCUCAAACUGCUCUCCAGAGUUCCUCGAGAGCCUGACGGAGAACUGCGCAGAACUUGCAGAGCCUCUGCACACAAGAGAUCCGCAGAGACUGAUGAAAAGUCUUCCAAGAAGAAACAGAAACUGGACAAAGAGGGAAAACGGUCUUCCUCAGUUCAGCACAGCCAAUCAGACACCGGCCAGAUGAAGAAGCGCUCACGGCACACCUCAGGGCUCUGUCCUCGGCCCGCAGCCGCUCCACCCCGCCCACAGGAAGGACCAGAUGCUCAUGGGAAGAAACCCGGCAAGAGCUGCAGAGAGCUGGAAGAGACUGAGAACACUGAAGCACUGCUGCUGGAGCACAGGCAGCACUCUGUGGAGGAUCACCUGAAGGAAGCCAAGAAGCUGAAGCACAAAGCGGAUGCCACGGUGGAGAAAUCCGCCAAGGCUCUGCUGUACCUGGAGGCGGCGCUGGCCUUCGUGCAGAGUGGAGUCGCCAUGCAGGAGGAGCCGCACACACACACGCGGUCAUCAUACACCAUGCUCUCCGAGACCCUGGAGCUCAUCAGGUUCAUCCUCAAACUGAAGAACUAUGCAGACUCUUCCUCUGAGCGUGAGCGGGAUUUCUUCAUCCUGUGUCUGCGCUGUCAGGCUCUGCUGCAGAUGACCAUGUUCCGCUACAGACGGCAGGUGGCGCUCAGAUACUCGCGGACACUCGCGGAGCAUUUUCAGAGUUCGUCCUGCUCUGCGUCCCCCAGUGUGUCCAGUCACAGGAGUGGUGUUGUCUCCCCUGUGGACGUGGGCGUGCCACUCAUCAUUCCUCCGCCGGUGCAGCAGAUGGCGCUGGCGUACGUCAACAUCACAGCGCUUGUCCUGAACGCUCACGACACCUGGGAGCAGGCGGAGCAGCUGGCACACACCGGCAGCGGUCUGCUGCAGGAUCUGGAUGCGGCUGUCGGGCCUCUGAGUCUGAGCUCCUCCAUCAGUGCACUGCUGCAGUACACACACCUCGGCCUGCAGCGCCUCAGACUGCACACACACAAACACUGAGGAGCAGCUUAGACUGCACACACACACACACACACCUUCACCUGCAGCAGCUCAGACUGCGUGCACACACACACACACUCUGAUGAGGAGCUGAAGAUGAGCUUCUGCAACGCUGAGACACCCUACACUUCCAGAGCAGAGAGCCCUGUGCGUGUGUGCGUGUGUGUGUGUGUGUGUGUGUGUGUGUGUGACACCUUAACCCUAAACACAGACAAACACACACAAUUAUGUACACAGUUGCACUUACUCUCUCUCUCACACACACACACACACACACAC